UUGACAAUAUCUAAUUUUACCUCACAAAGUGUUCAAAAAAUGUUACAAUUUUUCUACACUGGCGAACUUGAAAAAAAUUUAACGGAAAGUCAGCUUGAAGAAAUUUUUGUUAUUGCGCAUGAAUAUCGAGUUGCACGAUUAAUAUAUAAAUGCGAAAUAGUUAUGUCAACAUUUAUAGAUACUAAAAAUAUUUUGAAAUACUUCAAAAUAAUUAAUGUUUAUGAUGCUCCGAUUUUAGAGAGGGGAUGUAAAAAUUAUAUUCGAGACAAUAAAGAAUUCUUUCUAAAAACUAAAGAAUGGGAAGAAGUUGAAAAAAUUUUUCCAAAAUUGGCUUUUAAAAUUUUGAAGUCUGCAAUGCACGAAUUGUCAAAUUAA